AUGGCGUAGUAUCAAUCCAGGGAAACUGGCUGUAGAGAUUUGGUCCACCAAACACAACUUCCAAGAAAGUUAUCACAAAUCAGCGAUAUGGCGCUUCUUUUAAGGGGAGUAUGCAGGAAUCAUCAGCUUCUUGCCAGGCUGCAACCCAUGAUGACAAGCAGGGUUACCAUGGCAAUGACAGCCAAACAGGAGCAAGAUAACUUUUGGGAGAAGAACAAGCAACUGAACCGACCCAUGUCUCCUCAUCUCACCAUAUACAGUCCCCAGGUAACAUCAAUGUUGUCAAUUACACACAGAGGAACUGGUGUUGGACUCACUGUUGGUAUCUAUGCUCUAGGUUUAUCAAUGAGUGUCUUGCCGCAUGACUUUGCAUACUACCUAGAUGCCAUCAAGUCUCUUUCAUAUGGUCCAUCGCUCCUCUUUCUCACCAAGAUGGCGAUCGUCUGGCCAAUGGCCUACCAUACUCUCAACGGUGUCAGGCAUCUGGCAUGGGACACUGGCUAUGGCUUUGAUAUCAAGACACUCUACAAGACAGGCUACUUUGUGCUUGGUCUGUCAUUCGUAGUUACAGCUGGAAUUGCUAUGUUAUAAAGUAUUAUAUAUAUAUAUAUAUAAGAUAUGAGUAAUGAUAUAACCCAUGCCCCCUCUGGGGUAUACAAUUUACAAUUAAUAGAUUAAAGAGUCAGUUGCAUACUUGCAUAGCCACUCUGAAGAAGUCAUAUUAUAAAACUCGGUAAGCAUAUUCAUGAGUCGAUGUUUCAUGCAACCCUCUCGACUAAGUACCAUCGUUACAUAUCAACAUUCGAUCAAAAUGUUCACAAAUCAUAUUCUGAUGAAAUAUAACUUUACUAAUGAGAGUGUCCCAUCAGAGAAGAUGAAGAUGAGUCUCUGGUAUUAUGUCCUGUUCUGCUGGCAUUUCUUAUUACUUUAACCAUGUACCAGUAUCUUAUGCACAUCAUCCAAAUCUUUGAGUACUCUGUAGUUCUUAAUACAAUAUUUUUGUAUUAAAGUUAAACAGAAGAAUGUCAUCAUAAAUGCAUCAUGAUGUUGCCUUGUAAUAUACUCAAUUAUUUUCAUUCUUUGACAUGCCGUGUUUCUGUUGAAUUAUAUAUUGCGUCUUAUCCUUGUCGUAUAUAUGAAGUUUUUGGAUAUGAGGGUGAUGUAGCAGGACCCUCAUUCACCUUUUCUGAAAGAAACAAGAGUAGAAAUGUGUUGUCUGAAAUGUACACAUUAGAUAUUAAAAAUUCCCCAUUUUUAUGCAUUUAACAGGGAACUGUUGCUAAUAUUAAUAAGAUUUUAAAAAAUAUAGAUUUAUAGACCUUGGAAUUACAUGCUUAGCAUACAUAAAUGUUAUCACCAGGCAAUUACUAAACAUGUGGUUUAUUUGCAGACAUUAAUUUAUUGUACCGAACACAGAAUCUUCAUAAAAAAAUAAAAUGAAAAAUUGUUUAGUCAAGAAUGAUAAAUCUUGUCAUAUAUAUUCAGGUCGUAUAUGAGAAUGUUUUUCUUUUUCCUUCUUUUAGUAUUUUGCUUUUUUGUUUGUCAUCUUUACGGAAUCUUAGAAGGUAUCCAUUUUGUCAGUAACUAUUGUUUCUUCAGGAACUUUGACAUAUAGAUUUGUGUAUAUUUUUUUUUUAGAAUUGAAAAUAUUUGAAAUUCAUUUUAUCUGUACUGAAAUGAGUAAUGUGAGAAUGUGUUUUCAAUGAAGCCUUCUUAAAGCAUUUCAAGAAAUUCCAUCCAAAAACAUCCUGAAUGUGGCCACGACAAAUUUAAUUCAGGCCACAUUUUGGGAGUAUUUUGGAGUGUAUUUGGCUGGUUUGAAUAUUUUAAAACUUUGAGCCGAAUCCCUCCACGAAUGUUCCUGAAUCCCUCCCGAGUUUUUUUGCUUUUUUGGGGGGGAGGCAGAAUAGAAUACUCCUGAAUUUGUUUAUUCGGAUUGCUUCGCAGCUAAUUCGGUUCCGAUGUAACCCAGGCUUUAGGAGAAGUGUAUUAAUUGGAAAAUCUGUCUUUUAUCCUUUCUGUAACACAGUUUGGAUUCUGAUAUACAUAUAUUAUCACCUGAAUAUGCAAAAUGUGUUUUAGUUUGUGUUGGAAAGAAACAAAGGAUCAUAAUUAUACAAUGUAAUUAUGGUUUAUCAAACGGGCGAAAUGGGUUAUUAAAAUUUUCCUUGGUUGAUUAAUAAUACUGCAAACAAAUUAAGCUUCAAAGGAGCAUAUGUGACAUUACUGCAUAGACUGUAAGUCUACAAUGAUGUAUGUACACGAAAAGAAAGAUACAUUAAAAUAAUGAAAUUUGUAUUUCUCGAAA